UAUUGUUGUCAAUAACGUCACGUACCGAUAAACCUAACCUCUCAGAUAUCCGAGGCCCCCGGUACGAUCAAGUCACGGGAGUCCGGAUCGCGGUAGUCGCGCAUGAUCAAAACGAAUAAGAUCUUUCUGUGCCAGAAAAAUUCUGUAGCUGUGUGCAUGCCUUAAACGAUGUACUGUUAUCUGUGAAAGCGUCGCGAACGUAAACACGCGCUCUCUAUUCUCGACGUUACGCGUUAUUUUUGUGCCGCUAUCACCGAGCCAACAACAACGCGGUUAGCAUGACCACCGUCGGAGUUUGUUUUCGCGCGACGGGACGACGAUCCCCUGUGCUCGAAAUUAUGCGUAUCGAGCUGCACGGCCGUGUUCGUUCAACGCGGCCGAAUACCCGUUCCUCGUAGAACAUUACGCGAAAUUUCGGUGAUAUGGAGGAGGACCGGGCCACGAAUUGUAACGCACUGUGCUGCGACAACUUAUUUACGGUUCAGGCUGAGUCGACGAGUAUAAACAUGGCCGUCGCGCUCUGUGAUGAUUACUCGUGUCAGUCUGAACUCGAUGGAGCCCCGGAAUGGAAAUAAUGGACGGAACGCGUGCCCCAGAAAUAUCCAGCUUCGAUAAUUUCGUCGGAAAUGGGUGAGAAAAGUAUCGAGCAUUGAGAUAUCCAUUUAAAAAAAGGAGCUUCCAAAUCAAUGCAGUGCACUUUCUAGGCUGUUCUCUGGGUGAGCAAUGAAUGUAUUCCGAAUUUUGACUCCGUGUGUAUUGCAACGUAGACGACCAAAGGAGGUAGAUAAUUCCGAUAAAAGGGAUUGUUGGUUCGUGAAAAGACGGCGUGGAGAUGCUUCUUACAUGAUACAUAGAAUGGGUGCUUCUGCAUCGUCAAGCAUCACCAGUGUAGGUGGAGAUUCGGUCCAAGCAGCUAGACUCUCAUCUUCUGGUAAUCCUGAUCAACAUGGCAUUGCUAUCAGGGAAAAGAAGAAGAAAAUGACGGGGUUCGCGACGCUGCGCAAGAAGUUCAUUCGAAGACGUCGUUCUUCGAAGGCCUGCGACCACGGUAGAAUAAUACGAGAUUUGGUGUCGACAUGGAGCCACCUGGAGGCAACAGCGCUCCUGGAGGAGUACGAGGCGCUGGCUGCGUUAAAGGAUCUCCAUGUCCAAGCCGAAUUAGCGAGACCACCAGCUGCCACGUACAAGCAAGACCUGUCGAUGUUGUACGACUACAAGCAUUGUUCCGACGUGGAUCUCGUAUACCGUGGGGCGUGUUUCCCCGUUCACAGAGCCUUGCUGUCGGCACGCUGUCCAUACUUCAGGGACCUGCUGACCGGAUGCCCGGGAUACGGUGCUAGGAUAUGCCUGGAGCUGAGAACACCGAAUCUCGAAGUACAGAUAUUCUCAGCGCUGCUGCGGUAUCUCUACACUGGUGAUAUUUGUCCACACGAUGCAGCCCUGGAGGCGAACCUUCUGCGAAGACUGGGCGAAGAAUUUGGCACGCCCAAUCUGCUCGAGCACGAUCUCAGAUACUUGCUCGACACCGGCGACUACGCGGACGCGGCGCUAGUGUUCACGUCGGACAGUGAUUACCAGAGACCAGAUAGUGGAAGUUCAGAAUACGGAUUCCGGCCAAAGUUAGAACUGCCAUGUCAUAAAGCGAUACUUUCUGCGAGAUCCCCGUUCUUCAGGAACUUGAUACAAAGACGGACUAGAUCGGGGGAAGAUCACACAGAAAGGGCGCUUCAUAUACCUACUAGAAUAGUUUUGGACGAGAGUGUAAUACCCAAAAGAUACGCCAGAGUAUUAUUACAUGCAGUGUAUUUAGAUACCGUUGAUUUAUCGUUAAUAAUGAGAGGUAAUGGUUGCGGAAGCAGCGCUGGUAGUCUCGGAGAGGUUCAAGCUCUCACUCACACUGGCCGAGUUCGACCAAGUCCCCUAGAGGAAGCAAUGGAAUUGUACCAAAUCGGCAGAUUUUUAGAGCUAGAUAUAUUAUCACAGGGUUGUGAAGAUCUUAUUUUAGAAUAUCUUACAUUGGAAUCGCUUCCAGCCGUCUUGAAGUGGGGCAGUCAACCUCACGGGUCUGCAUGGGUACACAGACAAGCGUUGCAUUACUUGAGGGAGGAAUUUCAGCCGGUCGCCUCUUCCUCUAUCCUCCAUCAGUUAGAUCACGCGCAUUUAGCGAACGUUUUGCAAAGCCACUUUUUGCAAGCCAGCGAGCUUGAAAUACUGCAGGCAGUACUCAAGUGGGGGGAGCAGGAGUUGGUGCGACGUAUGGAAGAUCGGGAGCCUAAUUUACUCAGCCACACGGUGCACUCGGUGACAAGGAAGGGGUUGAAGAAACGUGAUCUGAGCGAUAUAGAGUUGCGAGAGAUACUCAGCGAGCUUCUACCGCUUGUCAGAAUGGAUCACAUAUUACCGCCCAAUAGUGAAGCGCUGGCUCAGGCUAUCAGAAGAGGAUUAGUUUCAACCCCACCCAGUCACAUGAUAGGGGACGAGAGGGAGAACCUGCGUAUGAAUGCUUGGAUAAGGGGAGGGAAGAAAAAUGGAUUUUUUGUAAGGCCUCGCUUGUUCAUGCCUUAUUACGAGGAAAUAAAGUCUUUAGUUGAGGAACAAAUGGUCCAAGAAGCAGAUUUGGUGAGAUUGCGAAGGCCACGGUACGUGGCCGAUAUUCCUGAUGCCUUGUACAUGGUUGAAGAGAAACCGAGACCAAUUGGCACAGCUGGAGUGGAUGUUCUCGCUGCGGCGUUUCCAGUUCCAGACUCUGUGACCCUGGCAGCUAUGAUGAAACGGGAGCAGAAAUUGAGACAGUCCCCCAGUUGUCAGAGGGCUAUCAGUUUACCACUUUCGUCGCGUCACGAGAUCAACAGGCAAGUUCGGCUGCGUGUCGUGAGGGAAUUCAACUUACCUGACACGGUGGCGGACCUUCUAGAAAACACAGCCGCGUACAACGUGAAGGAGCAAAACGAGAGACUGACCGAUAUCGAAGACAUGGAUUCCCCGGGUAUGGGGAUGAAUCCAAGGACAGCUCCACCAUUGUGCUACGGUAGAAACAUGACGUUCCCACGGCCAGCUUCGUCUUGCACGCAUAGACACGAGCUUCCAGCUAUAGUCACCGAGGGUGAAAGCUGUAGACUCCUCGCUGAGCAACAAGAAAGCAACUCGUGCAGCGAUGGACAGUUGUCCGGCGUGAUGCCGGACGUAGCAAUGGCGACAGCCUCCUUUGGAGCUUUGCAGCUGAUAGAGGAGCAAGAGCUGGAGCUGGAUCUCGGUGACGGAACCUCUCAUCUUCUGCAGCACGUGUCACCGUCGAACGGAACCAUGGGCUCGCACAGGUCCUCGCUUCCUCACCAGCACCAGAGGCACUACUCUGGACCGCCCCCUCCGCCGUACAUGUACCACCGUGCUGGCACUGCCUUACCGAGAUUUAUUUAAGAUUUUUAGAAGAUAAGAAUUGUAUAGCAACUAACUUGGACCCUCGAUAGGCGUUCUUUUCCCCAAAAACAAAACCGGAAUAACCAGGUGUACUCUUCGUGUACUGCCACGACCGCCUCCGGAGGACGGUUCCUCGCGGAGCGGUCGCACGUUUCAGGAUUUAGCUAGAGAAAAAUACUCCUCGGUUCAACGCGCUUAUGUAAACAGACUCGUUCCUUGCACAAGGUGUUUGUUUGUUUUUUCUUCUUUUUUUUUAUGUAUUUACAUUGUGUAAAAGAUCACCCGAGAGGUGGCCAUUUUAUGCAACUUCUCUGUCUACAGUUAUUAACGGCGUUCAAGGUUCUCAUGGCUGCUGAUGAUCGAUCAUUUCGGAAGCAACUAUGGUACACGAAGAUGCGCUCGUUGGAGUUUCGUCCUAGGGCUGGGACUAUUCGAACGAUUCCAUGUUCGAAUAUUUAGCAGGUACUCGAACACUGCGAAUAGAUUUCGAAUACUCGAGUAUUUAAAUACCGUUGUUAGAACGAGUAGUCAAUUCGAGUAGUUGAGUAUUGGAAUAGUAUUUGAAUAGUCGAGUGUUCAUGUUGUAUUCGCAGAGUAUUUGAAUCGCCGUGCAUGCUGAAGUAUUCAAACACGGAGAAGUUUGAGAAAUAGUUCCAGCGUCUAGUUUCGUCUCGCAGUGAUGGCGGCCACGUGUAGCGUGCCGAUAUCGAACUUCGUUUCUAGCUGGUACAAAUUUACUUGACACGACGAGGACGGUAUUGUACAUUUUAUUUAAUGCAGCUUACGAAAGUAGGGGAUCCUUGAUUUCAGGAUAUUUAUAAUCGUACCGGAUACGAGGGCACACCUCGGUCGUGGAAAGUUCAUGCUUAUUAGGUACAAUCACAUAUAGAUGUAACAUUCUAGGUGCAUACGCGUGCGGGAUGCAGAUGCAGCUGUGGUUUAUAUGCAUACAUGUGCGUGUGAGUGUGUGAACACGAAUGCGCGUGCUCUCUAAGUACCAUAUAAAGUGUUAAUUAGACGAUGUUGCCGACGUUGACGAAGAGAGAGAGAGAGAGAGAUUCACGGUGUAAAUGAGCGUGAGAGAGUGGAAGAGGAAGAGAAACAAGGAGAGAGUGAGACAAUGAGAGGAACGGGAAGAAAACAAGAGCGAAGGCCGUGCAGAAUGUGCAGGUAUAUAUGAUCAGUGUUUUAUGAACAGUAUUGUUCUUUAUUUAAGUGAAACGCCGCUGUGGGUAUGAUCUUUGCUAAUUCAUAUUACCUAUGAUAUUCAAUAAAAAUUAUUUAAAUAUUAGUAGACACACUUCUGUCUCGGAGGAACCGCGUACUUGUAAAUUAUUCUUUUACAUCCAACACGAAUCCGUGUGUUUCUCGUAGCAGGGAACGUUUGGUAUCAAUUGAUUGCGAAUUAAACGAGCCGCCGUAGCUGCUACACGCGUUUCGUUCCAUUUCAUCUGUCGUACAGAUCGCGUUGAUCCUUCUGGGGCGCAAGUAGCUUAGAUGCGUCGUCCUUCGAAUCUCGAUGUCGAAGCCAAUAGCCAUUUUGCUUUUCGUGGUUUUUUUUUUGUCAAAUACGUGAAAUAAAACGACGCUCAUUGAGGAAGAUUCGCGACCGUAUCGUUCUACACAACUUCUUGCAGAUCGAUACCGAACCUCCACGUUCGCGCUAGACGCAGAUCGAGGCUGAACAAAAAAAAAAAAAACAGCGGACAUGUGUAAUCUGCGUGUGAUGUAAGCAAACUCUCUUAUUUGUUUUCUGUUUUAUCAUCGGCGUUGUUACAUGAACGCGACAUAGAAUCGUUCCAGCGACAGUUGAACUCGUGGUAUUUUAAUUGAACCUGAACAGUACUUAUUGAGCGAUCGAACUUAAUAGUUCUUUUUUUUUUUUUCUCGAGUCAAUUCAAGCGAUCAAUUACCUUCUGAAUACUGUCGCUAAUUAUAUUCACGGUUAGUAUCGGACGCGUUAAUUUUGCUUGGAACAAUUUUAGAGAGAUUUCUGUCGUCGAAAAUAUGUUCCGUAAACCGAUAGAUUGCUCGUAUGGACUUCAAUGAUCUAGUUUGGUAUUUUAGUUCUGGACGUAUUGUAUCGCACGACUCUUAUAUGAAUUAUCAGGUUUAUCUUCUAUUUGCCACAAUAUAAAGUUUGAAUUGUCCUUGCGGAUCGAUAUGAUAUAAUAUUAAUAAAACAAUGACGAAUUUUUUCUCUUAUAUAAUUUAAGUCUACCAAAGUAACCCUCUAUAACUGAAAUCAUUGUUGAAUCUUACGAAAGAAUUGCGUAACAAGGCAUGAACGUCUAUAAAUUGUACAUAAAUCGAAUGGUAAAUUUUAACACGAGGUUAUGGAGGGUUAAGUGAAUAUCUGGACACUCACUAUAUUGAAUAGUACUUCUUCGUUAUAUGUAUUAGCAGAUGAGCUCCUGAAAUUGAGGAUGAUGUAAAUUAAUUGUUACCUGACUACAGAUACUAUAACAGGAUUUUAUUCUACAUUAUUGACUUAUGCUUUGGAUAAGGAAUCAUUCCCUUUUUCUUGCGCCACUAAUUACAGGACAUCUUGUAUAAGGAACAAGAAUAUGUUUUCUAGCAAAAGAAGAUUUAUCUUUAAGCUGCCACUUUGACUUUUUGCAACGUAAAGUUUAUUAUCCCGGAACGGCGCUAACGAAGCGAUAAAACGCAAUUCUCUCUCUUACGUAAUUUAAUUUCAUUAGAUUAAAAGACUAUUUGGGCCCACGUACUGAAUGAUACGAAUAGUCAAAUAUUUGAAAAAUAAAGUAUUCGAAUAAUAAACGAACUUGAUUUAUAGUCCACAUCGUACUGUUCAAAUACUCAAGUAUUCGAAUUAUAUUCGAAUAUAAAUAAAUGCAAGCCGUUGCAGCUCUGUUUUGAGAGCUCAAUUAAAAGACCAAUAAACGAAGAGACUAUUCGAGUCUUCGCGCUAAAUGAUACUUCUCCAUUAUGUGCACUUAUAAACGAGCUUCUGUGAUGUAACUGGACGUUACCUCACAAACGACUGGAACUGUUGUACACAGUCGACUUAUCUUUUGGACGAAUGUGUCACGAAUUGCAGAAUAAUUCUACGUAAGAUCCAAGAACACGAAGGCAACCCUAUUUAGCGAUUCAUUCCACUUACAUCAUUCCUGCCGGAGCGUUAAGUAUUUUUUAUUGCGAAUUAUUUCCUGUCCAUCUUCGGCUGGCCAUUGUGUCCUCGGUCGCGCAGUCCUUUGUUCGACGUAUAAAAACGCACGGCUGCGCAUCGUUUCAUCCCACUUUCGGCCUAGGUGAAUAAGUGCCUUGCAAUUUUGAGAAACGAAUCCCACGUGUCGCUGCGAACAGCCGACUUCAAAAGGUAAACUUCAAUUUACGUAACGCGCUGUGGUUAUCCAUCGAGAAAGCAUCGAAGACACCGUCAACAACUGAAGUAAUCACGUGUACAAGAACACGAGUAGCCAGAGAGGCAGGAAAUGUAUUA